UGCUUGACUUGAGCUGUGCCGACCAUGAAAUUGUCUCGGAAGGAACAAGUUAGAAACAACGGUGGGUAAAUAUUCUAACAAUGGCGACGACGUGCGAGGUGACGGCCCCCGACACGGAAGGGUCCGGGGAGCAAGACCUCACUCCUCGGGAGGACGUGCCCUCCUCCCCCGACGAACAUCCAGGCAAAACUCGUGGUCGGAAACGGCGUCGUCGGAAGGCGAGACUCACCGGGCUGAGCCAGCAGAGGCAGGCGGCGAACGCCCGGGAGAGGUACCGAACAAAAUCGGUCCAAGACGCGCUGCAGCAACUUUCCUGUUGUAUCCCGACUCCAGUGCCGACGCCAGCAACCAAACUCUCCAAAAUAGAAAUACUGCGACUCGCUUCGCAGUAUAUCGAGCAUCUGACUAACGUACUGAACGAGAACGAUCCCUCGGGGCCUGGUGCGACCAAGGCCCGCCCAGAAGACGACUCGGGCACGGUGAAGACCCAAGGUUCGUCCCGAGCAAGAAGGUCUCGGUCAAGACAACCCCAAGAUGACGAGACGGUCGUCUAUCUGACAAGACGGAGGAUGAAAGACAUGAAGACAGAAGAUAAAGGGCCGACUGAUGCGACAGGGAGUAACUUUGACCCAACCCAGUCUGGUGAACAGAUGAAUGUUCAAUCCUCAAACCACAAGGAUGUCGGAACUAUUGAAAACAAUCAAAAAGAUCUCGAGCAAAUCACAGCACAGAAUUUAAAGAACAAAGCAGGCUCUGAAUCUAGGCAUUGCAAAGGAUCCAACGCGAAGCACCUGCAAACCGGAAGCAAAGAAACCGGAAACGGAAAUACCGGACGACCGUACAAUGUUCACGAACUUGACGUCGGGAACUUGUCGGAAGUUGAAGACAGGCGAUUGGUCCGCGAAACGCGUGCACAAGUUUCGUGUUCGAAAUACGCAGGACCGCAAUGUCGCGAGACAUUUCGCAACACAACAGGAAACGGAGGUUCCGGCGAGAAACUCCACCAUCCACCUUACCUCGUACUCAAUGGAAACGGAGUUUCCGGAUUACCGGAUUGCAGGCACCAAACUCUGCACGGAUUCGGUGUAUCGCAGACCGUAAAUAACGGAAUACAUGGCUUCAAAAGCUGCCAGAUGACGGAUUUCGCCGCGGGAAGAGGAGCAUCCGGAUUUUCCGGAUUUGCCGAUUAUUCCGGAUUCCACGGCGCCAUGAUGCCGAGACAGUACGGACAGAACUUGUCUUUCGAGAGUGACGAUUCCAAUCUCUCUAUCAGCCGCUAAUGAACAAGACAGACAGUCCGUUCACUGCUAUCUGAAGAAGCAACUGUGUAUAUGUUUUAAUGGUUAUCAGCUUUUACCCUCAGCGUAUCAUGCUCAGAAAAGUACUGUAUAAGUGUAUUGAAGAAUCCCUGUUACUAUUCGUUUCUUCUCUCUUGUUAUUCGCAUGUUACAGCAAUUUAGCUUCUCGGUGAUACAAUGCUUGUGCUCAGCUUUGAAAUGUGCCGAUUUCUGAAAAUUGUGACGCAAGACGAAAUGCUAGAAUAAAGGAUUGAUAUGGCAUAUGGCACACGGGUGCGCAAAAGUUCUGCAGUUCUCUUCUUCGCCACUAGGCUUCGCUUUACUGGUAGUGCACAUGUACAGGCCCUUGUGAAUAAUAUAGCCUCGCGAUACCAAGGAGGUUAAAUAUAUCCUUGGCAACACAGCGCAGUAAGUACCUAUUUGCUACACGCAGUAAAAAAUACAACAAAAACAA